ACGCAAACCCGCAAAGCAAAACAAGGAAUUGAAUAUUGAGAAGUUUUUUUAUUUCCACUGUGACCAUGGACGACCUUUCACGUGGUGAUAAAAGAGUUGAAGAAGAACCAAGAAGAGGGGAGGAGCGAAAUAAUGAGGAGGAGAGGUCACGCAGGCCACGAGUGUUAACAGAAGAACAAAGAGCUCGGAAGAGAGCGCGUGACCUUGUACUCACCGAGGAGCAAAGAGUGCGAAAAAGACAGACGAGCUCCGAGUACAGGUUAAGUGGUGAGCAAAGAGUCCGAAAAAAGCAAAAGGACUCGGAGUACGAACUAGAUGACGAGCAGAGAGCUCGUAAGAGGCAGAGAAACUUAGAAACACUCAACGCCCAGCGUACAAUGAUGGCGGAAGACAGCUUGUUUGCUCCAAGGCAAAGAGAAAGGGCUCGUGAGCGACAGAGGGCAUCUAGACUCAGGGGAAAACAACAGAGGCAGCCUUCCACUACUACCGCUUUUGUUGAAGUACAAGCAUAAAGUCCUAUUAGCAGACUCUGCCAUAGCAGACUAUAUAAUUUGCAGAUACCAGAUGAAUGUGUAGAUGCUACAUACACUAAUUGUAGACACACUGAAGGCUAGAUUCUAAACUGUUUUACAUUUGGCUCAUUGCUGGUUAUAAACAUGGAGAAAGAUAUUCUAACACAAAGUAAGUUUGUAUUUUUGAAAUCCUUCUUUACUUUGCAUACAACAUAAGAGCUUUUUUCUUAGCGGGACCAGGUAGGUUUUAAUUCCUUUUUUCCUACUUAAUGAGGUAAGUGUAAAAAAAACACUGAUAAAUUAUUUAAAAUGUUAGCUGUAUAUCAAUAUUUUGGUGUAAAUGAACCCAAUUCACUUUGAUACUAUGAAAGAAAUAUGGCUAAAUGAAUCCAGUCAGGUCUUAUUUAUCUGACACAUUUAUGCUUUUGUUUUGCAAGGUUGUUGUGUGUCAAGUACAGCAUAAAAUAAAAAAAAAUCGCAUAUUUACAUGACCCAUUAAUUAAUUGAUACGUUACUCAUGAACCUAUGCCGGUAUGAUACUUAGAUUCUAAAUAGUGUUUAUUGGUGUAUUUUAGGUGAGCCCUAACGUUUGGAAAAUA